AUGGCAGGACCGUCGAGUAUCUACGAGGGGGCCAACCCGCUCUUGACUUCGCCGCUGGACCUAUUCAUUAUCCAGCUCAUCAUCGUGGUCAUCGUGGCCAAGGUGCUUAGCUACUUCUUCAAGUUCAUCAAACAACCGAGCGUGAUCGCCGAGGUCAUUACGGGCAUCUUGCUGGGUCCCUCCGUGAUGGGCUUCGUGCCCGGCUUCACCGUCAACAUCUUUCCGACCACUUCCAUCACCAUCUUCAAUGUGAUCGCCAACGUGGGCCUCAUCUUGUUCAUGUUCCUGGUCGGGCUCGAGGUGGACCCGGCCCUCAUGCGCCGUAACCUCAAGGGCUCGGCCGUCAUCAGUAUCACCGCCAUGGUGUUGCCCUUCGUCCUCGGCAUCGGCGCGUCAGCCUACAUCUGGAACGAGAUGCCCAUGACCAAGACGGCCACGUUCGCAUCGUUCCUGCUGUUCGUGGGCGUGGCGGUGUCUAUCACGGCCUUCCCGGUGCUGGCCCGCAUUCUCACCGAUCAGGGCCUCACCCAGUCCAAGGUGGGCAUCAUCGCCCUCUCGUCGGCCGCCGUGGAUGACGUCACGGCGUGGAUCAUGUUGGCCGUGGUGGUGUCGAUUGCUCGGUCAUCCGGCUCGCUCACCGCAGUGUACACGCUGCUGGUCUUCGCCGGCUACGUGGUCCUCAUGGUGGUGGUCCUGCGGCCCAUCCUCAGCUGGCUCUCCAAGAGAGUACAUGCGCGCGAGUCGAUGAAGCACGAAUUCGUGAUCCUCAUCCUGGUCCUCCUCUUCAUAUCCGCCUGGACCACCGACGUGAUCGGCGUGCAUUCCAUGUUCGGCGGCUUCUUCCUGGGCGUCAUCACCCCGCGCGGCAACGGCUUCGCCAUGCGCAUGACCGAACGAAUUGAGGACUUGAUCAUGAUCAUCCUGGUGCCGCUUUACUUCACGUACUCGGGCCUCAGGACCGACCUGUCGACCCUCAACACGUGGCAGGCCGGCGUGACGGUGGUGCUGAUCAUCGCCGUCUCCAUGUUGGGCAAGAUUGGCGGCGCCACCAUCGCCUCCCGUCUCCUUCGCAACAGCUGGAGGGAAUCGUUGACGAUUGGCUUCUUGCUCAACACGAAGGGUCUGGUGGAGCUGGUCGUGCUCAACGUGGGCCUCGACAUCGGCGUCCUCACCAAGGAGAUCUUCGCCGCCUUCGUCGUCAUGGCUAUCUGGAACACCAUCCUCACCACGCCCAUCGUGUGGCUGUUGUGGACGCGAACAGAGAAGAAGCGCAACCCCAUGAUGCGCAAGAGUUCGGACUAUUCGGUGCUGGUGUGCAUCCCGGAGGCGAGGAUCGGUGUGUCGAUGGUGACGAUCGCCGGCGCCCUGGCCAAGGCCCACGCCAAGGGCAUCGACUCCAAGCGCAAGCCCCGCAUCGAGGCCGUCCACCUUACCGAGAUCUCCGAGCGACCCUCCACCUACUUCUUCGCUUUGCGGUUGGACAAGUCCGAUGCGGUGGAGUUCGCACGACAGCGGGCCUCGGUGCUCGAUGUCACCUUCAAGGUGACCGCUCGCGCCUCGGCCGAUAUCGCUGACGACCUCACCAAGAUCGCCAACUCUCGCGUGCAAGACCUGGUCAUCCUGGGCUGGAACCGACAGAAAUCGGACCGAAUCAACGAGGGCGGCCGGCGGGUCAACCACCUCAUGCAGCACAUCCGCGCCCCCGUCGGUAUUUUUGUCGAUAAGGGUAGAUUGAGGGACCGCACGAACGUGGAGCGGGUGCUGUUCGUCUAUUCGUUCCACUCGUUCGAGCGGGAGGCGGUCAAGGUGGCGCUCGAGAUGGCCCGCGACCCCGACGUGCACCUCACCAUCGUCGUGCCCCGCAAGGAGUGGCUCAUGCGCGAUCGCCACCAUCAGUCGGCCCAGCAUGACAUGAGCUCCUCGACCGAUGCCCUCACCCCGCGCGACACCAACCACGCCUCGUCGUCCACCUCCGCCGCUACACCGGCCGCCGCGGCCAAGAAGAAGGGCGCGGCGUGGCAUCAGUACUUCGACAUCCUGUUCCUGUUCGGGCUGCUGGCGCGGCUGGUGCGCCGCUGCAUCCACGGCCCGCGGAAGCCGACGAGUCAGCGCAGGCGCCCGGGCGCGUCGUCGCCGACGACUUCUGCGAGGAAGGAGAACGAGGUGGAGAUGGAGGAGAGGGCCGCAGCCGCCGCCGUUGCCGCCGCCAGGGAGCGCAGGACCACAGGCGAGCGCCACGACAGCGAUGACAGCAGCAGCAGCGAAGGAGAAGACCUCGCCGAGUCACCGCGCGUCAGCCUCUCGGAUCGCCCGGAUUCGAUCGCGCUUGAAGCGGCGGGAGCGGCGUCUGGCAAGUACGCCCUGGGUUCGCUGCUGCCGUCGGCCUUCUCGGCGGAGCAGAAGCGGGCCGAGGAGCAGCUCAUGGAGACCUUCGACGGCGUGCAGACCCUCGUGCGCGCCCGACCCAACAUGUCGCUCAUUGUGAGCGAGAGCGACGACGUGCUCGCCGAGGCGCUCGACCAGGAGGCCAAGCACGUGUACCAGAUGAUCGUGAUCGGCAACGAGCGCAAGUGGUCGCGCACGCACCAGCACGUGCACCACCUCAACCUCCACCGCCACCACCUCCCCCACAUCAGCUUCGGGCGCCACGACGACAUCGACGACGAUGCAGAGAACGACGACGCGGCCGACGGCGACGACGGCUCGGUCCAGUUCAGCGAUCUCGUGGGUUCGUCGACGACGUCGCUGCUCGUGGUCCAUCCGCCGCUCGAGUCGCCGGCCUACAUAGAUACGCGCCUCUCGGUGGGCGGAUGCUUCGAAUGCCUGACCAGACGCCGACACCACUCCGACGACGACGAUGAUGAAGGAGAAGAGGACGAAGACGUCGAGGCCAAGCACGACAAGGGCGAGGACAGCAGCAGCAGCAGCAGCGACGAGGUCUGA